AUGAAGGCGAUUAGUGAAGAUUUGGGUAAACAGGUCACUUGUGGUAUCGAUGGAAGCACUCGGACAAUACUUCCUGAUCUUCCCAAUAUAUUUGUCUGUGUUUGGAAAGACUGUCCGGAAACCUUUUAUCGAGCAGAAGAUUUUUACCAGCACGUUGAGAAACACCCGUUUGAACCAACGGAUCCUUCGACCUCAGCUGAUGAUGAUCAAGGAUCAAAUGAGGAAAGUUCACCAGAUGAUAGAGCUCUGGUUCCAUUUGGAUAUGUAACUGAUCCCGAUCCAUCCUCAUUCCUUGAUGCUGAUGGUGGCGAAGGUCCAUCAUUUUUGAGCAAAGAUCAAUUUAAAUGCUACUGGUCAGAUUGUUCAUUCAUUUCCGAUUCAAAUUCUCAUAUUGCUCAACAUUUACGCAGUCAUACCCAAGAGAAAAUAAUUGCUUGUCCCAUUUGUGGUGGAAUGUUUUCCAAUAAAGGUAAAUUUCGUGAUCACCUUUUACGACAAUUAGAUGAUGAGGAUUGUAUUUAAAAUAUCAAGGUCAUUUCGGUCAU